AAGAAAUAUAGGUUGUGUUUUGUUUAUAAAUACUCAAAUAUUUAUUUUAAAAUGGAACAUAUAGAGAAAACGGCAAAAGAUUACAAAAAUUAUCUAGAAACCGACAUUAAUUCACUGGCGACUCCGUUAAAUGCAUCUAUCGAGGAAAUGUUAACUAGGCUUAAAGAUAUCGAGACGACGAUGACUUCUCUGGCGCAAGACCAGCAAGAUUUCACCGAUAUUCUGACGUCUAUUCCGAAUUACCGAGGCGAAUUCGAUAAUCUCUGCGAUAAGAUCGAUACGUUCGAAAAACUAAUCGGCCAUAUGAAAUCCAAUUUGAACGAUUUAGAAAACGAAAUGGAUAAAGCCGAAACGAAUUUAGGAUGUGCCGAGAAAACUUCUAAAGUCACGCAGAUUUUUACACCGCUAUUUAAAAAAACCUUAGACAAAAAAGAACCUAAUCAACAGUUAGAGAUAUUUAAAACUGAAGAUUACUUCGAGUAGUUCCGAACAGAUUAAAUCCUUAUAGACUUAUAGACUAUAAAAGUAUAUUUUAUAUAAUGUAUUAUUGUUAA